AAUUUAUAUCAUACAAGGUUACUAAAAAGAAACGAGAUAUUGUACAAGAUCAUGACCGUUAUGCCAGGGUGUACAAAAAGCUUCCAGAAGUCCACCAUGCACUGAAGUCUGUUCCAAAUUGUCAGUAUUGUGGGGCCAAACGGUUCCAAUUUGAGGGACCUGCAUUCUGUUGUAGGAAAGGAAAGGUGAAAAUAUGUACGCCAACAGUGUCAUACGAGUUGCGUCGGUUGUUUGUAAGCCAGAGUGAUGCGGACGCGAAAUAUUUCAGGGACCACAUACGAUAUUUCAACUCGCACUUCUCAAUGACAAGCCUUGGGGUUACUCUAGACUGAAGAUAUAGUACAGCAGCUGGAAUGGGUAUCUAUACAUUCCGUGUGCAUGGUCAAUUGUAUCACCGGUUGGAUCAGCUGGUGCCCGGUACGAAGGGUCCACGACAUUUGCAGCUUUACUUCUAUGAUACCGAUGAUACAAUGGCUCAUAGAGUUAAGAGAUCUUCAGAUCUUGAUAUAAAUCUCAUUCGAGCAAUUCUACGGAUACUUGAGCAGAAUCCAUACGUGCAGACCUUUAAAACAGUUGGUGCUGUCCCUAAUCUUGAUGAGUAUAAGAUUGAACUAAACACAGAUAUUGCAUUGGACCAGAGAAGGUACAAUGCCCCCACGGCUUCACAAGUGGCUGCAAUCUGGAUGGAAGGGAAUGAUCCACAAAAAUGUUUUGAUAGAAGUGUUAUUGUUUAUGGGAAAGCAGACAAGCCUCGAUAUAUUAGGGCAUAUCAUGGGUGCUAUGAUCCUUUGUCUUAUCCUUUAUUUUAUCCUGGAGGAGAAACAGGAUGGCAACGCAAUAUGCAGUAUGAAGGACCUGACAUAGUUGUUGUGACAAGCAACAGAGAUGAUCAAAAUGUUGACAACAAUGAUGAAAACAAUUGUGAGGAAGGUGGGGAUGAUGUUAGUGAGUCUACCAAAUAUCUAAGUGCAAGAGAAUACUAUUGUUACAAGCUGCAGAUUAGGGACGGGAUUUUUAACAUAUUGCUGUAUGGGCGACGGCUUCUCCAGCAAUGGGUUGUUGACAUAUACAUUAAGAUAGAGUCAAUGAGGCUUGAUUGGUACUCCAAACCAGAAAACCAAGUGCUUAUACGAGCUGACCUUUAUCAAGGGAUUCUUGACACCAUUGCUGCAGGAGAGGCGCGUGCUUCGGAGGUUGGUUUGAGAAUUGUGCUCCCCCGAACUUUUCCUGGAGGUGAUCGUGAUGUCCAAGCAAGGUUCCUUGAUGCAACGACUUUAGUCCAGCGGUAUGGGAAGCUUGAUUAUUUUAUAACGAUGACCUGCAACCCCUACUGGCAGGAGAUAACAAGUCAACUGUUUCCCGGACAGACGCCACAAGACCGGCCAGAACUUGUCGCAAGAGUUUAUAGGGCGAAGCUGCGAGAUAUGCACGACUUUUUGAUCAAGAAGAAACACUUUGGUGAAGUUGCAGCAUAUGCCCAUGUCACAGAGUUUCAGAAGAGGGGCCUUCCACAUGAGCAUUUCUUAUUGAUUAUGACAUCGAAAAGUAAGAUAACCACCCCAGAUGAUUAUGAUAAGGUUAUAUCUGCAGAAAUUCCUGACAAGGAUAAGUACCCUGUAUUGCAUGAUUUGGUCAUCAAGCACAUGCUGCAUGGACCAUGUGGUGCUCUUAACAAAAACUGCCCCUGUAUGAUAGAUGGUCAAUGUCGUUUCCGUUAUCCUCGACAGUUUUACGAUGCCACUCAGCAAGGAAUGGACUCAUACCCUAUAUACAGGAGAAGGGACGAUGGCAGUCGAGUACAGAUUAGAGGUUCUGAAUUGGAUAAUAGAUGGGUGGUCCCGUACAAUCUGGUACUGCUUAUGCGCUAUAACUGCCACAUUAAUGUCGAGAUUUUCUCAAGCAUCAAGGCAGUUAAAUACCUAUUCAAGUACAUUUAUAAAGGUAAUGACCGUGCGUCCUUCUCAGUCGACCAAAUGGAUAACAAUGGUGCAGUAAUCAAUGAGAUUAAAUAGUACAGGGAUGCAAGGUUCAUAACUCCUCCUGAGGCUGUGUAUAGAAUAUUUGGUUUCCCUUUGUAUGCUGCAUAUCCUUCAGUUUUGCAACUUCAACUGCACUUGCCUAACAUGCAUAUGGUAGCAUACAAGGCUACGGAUAAUCUGAAUAAUGUUGUCAGUCAGGAAAAGUCUAAAAGGUCGAUGCUUACAGAGUACUUCUACAUGAACCGUGCGGACCCUUUGGCACGACAAUGCUUAUACAGAGAAUUUCCUGAACACUUCCGGUGGCUCAAGGGUACCAAGCGCUGGCAGAGAAGAGUUAAGAGGCCACAGAUUGGAAGAAUUGUGUAUGCAAACCCUGCCGAAGGGGAGAGGUACUACUUGCGGGUGCUCCUGAACCAUGUGAGAGGAGCAACUUCGUUUGAGAAUCUUUGAACUGUUCAUGGAGUUACACACUCUAAUUUCAGAGAAGCAUGCGAGGCUAUAGGACUCGUAGAGACUGAUAAAUCCCUUGAUGAUUGCUUGACUGAGUCCGCGACCUUCCAGAUGCCUUGUGCUCUAAGAAGGCUUUUCGCAACAAUUAUAGUGUUUUGCGAGGCGACCAAUAUACGCGCCUUGUAUGAUAAGCAUUUUCAGUCAUUGUCUGAAGAUUACCAUCGCACCUACACUAAUGCUGGAACUGUUGAGCAAUUGGUGUUGAGAGACAUUGGGUAUAUUGUACAUUCCAUGGGUAAGGACAUUAGGAGCUAUGGCCUUCCCGAUCUGGAUGAAUCAGAUGAAAGUUCUGGCGACUACGUGAGAGAGGUGAUUGAGGAGAUGUCAGUGGGUGUGGACCAAGAACAUCUACAUAUUAUAGAUACUCUAAACAUGGAGCAGCGGGUAGCGUUCGAUGAAAUCAUGGAUCAUGUGGUCAACAGAAGGGGCAAUGUUUUCUUUGUCGAUGGUCCUGGAGGCACAGGGAAGACCUACUUGUACAAGGCAUUGCUUGCUAAGGUGCGCUCACUGGAACUAAUAGCAAUUGCAACUGCAACAUCUGGUAUAGCAGCGUCGAUCAUGCCCGGUGGACGCACUGCUCACUCAAGGUUUAAGAUCCCCAUCAAGCUUUCUGUUGACGGCAUGUGUAAUUUCACAAAACAGAGUGGUACCGCAGAGUUGCUUCGUAGGGCUUCGUUGAUAAUUUGGGACGAAGUUGCCAUGACAAAACGACAAGCUGUUGAGGCACUUGAUAGAUCACUACAAGAUAUAAUAGGAUGUUCUUUGCCGUUUGGUGGAAAGGUUAUGGUCUUUGGUGGAGAUUUUAGGCAGGUACUUCCUGUGGUGACGCGUGGUACAAGAGCACAGAUUACUGAUGCUACACUACAAAGAUCAUAUAUAUGGGAUAAUAUAGUGAAGAUACACCUCACUCGCAAUAUGAGGGAACAAAGUGACCCAUGGUUCUCGGAAUACCUCCUUAGAAUUGGCAAUGGCACUGAAAAGACCAUAUGUGAUGACUAUGUACGCCUCCCAGAUGAUAUUGUGAUAAGUUACAACACUGAAAACCCAGAUGAAUCAGUUGAUAGACUCAUUCAGUUUGUGUUUCCGGAUCUUCAUAAAAAUGCUACAUCAGCGUCUUAUACGAGCACGCGUGCUAUUCUAUCAACAAAGAAUGAUCAUGUGGAUGAGCUGAAUGCAAGGUUGAUUGAGAAGUUUCUAGGCAAAGAGAUGACGUACUAUAGCUACGAUUCUGUUGAUGAUGAUUCAUGCAACAACUACCCACUCGACUUUCUGAAUUCCAUCACACCAAAUGGUUUGCCCCCACAUAUGCUCAAGGUCAAAAUCAAUUGCCCGGUGAUCUUGCUUCGGAAUCUUGAUCCUCACAAUGGCUUGUGCAAUGGAACAAGGCUAAUGGUUAGAGCUUUCCAAAAAAAUGUAAUUGAUGCUGAGAUUAUUGGUGGUCAACAUGCUGGAAAAAGAGUUUUCAUACCUAGGAUCCCUCUAUGCCCCUCGGAGGACAUUUCACUUCCGUUCAAGUUUAAGCGGAAACAAUUUCCAGUUCGUCUUAGCUUUGCAAUGACCAUAAACAAAGCACAGGGCCAAACUAUCCCAAAUGUUGGUAUUUACCUUCCUGAGCCGGUGUUCUCGCAUGGCCAACUUUACGUUGCAUUGUUAAGGGGUGUGUCAAGACAG